GGCAAUACGGCCGCUGCGACGCCAACAGGCAGUCGUGCCUCAGCACUCCAAAGCAACAGACGUGCAGACAGACAGGCAGCAGCAGCAGAAGCAGUAAUCAACGCAACACCAAAACAGCAGUCAAAACAAAUUGAAAAAUUCCAAGCCCAGCUUAAACCACAUCCAAUUGAAUCUAACGUUCGUGAGAGCGAGUGCGUGAGCAAAGACCAAAAGAGAUACAGAGCGCGAGAGAAGGAGAAGGAAAAGAACAAAAGAGAUCCGCAGCUGCUUAGUCAAUGAAAAUGUAUCCAGUCGCUGCCCAGAUGCUGCGCCUGCGCAACGCCGCAAACGCCUGCGCUCGCACAAUCACAACGAACCGCAGGCAGCGCAACACGGCGAGCGUUGAGCGCGCCCAAAGCAUUAGCGAGCGGGACAAGGCGCUGCACUACAACGCCGAGGACGGCUACUACAAGACCUCGCCCUACGAUCCCAUUAAGGUGCAAAAUGUGCCGUUGCACGAGUACGUCUGGCGCGACUUCAAAAAGUGGGAAAACUCCACGGCAGCGGUCUGCGUGAUCACGGAUCGUCAAUAUACGUAUGCCCAGCUACGCGAUGCCAGCGCCGCCUUUGCUGUGCGCCUGCAGACAAAGUUCAAGCUGUUCAAGCCCGAUAUCUUGGCCAUUUGCUUGCCAAAUAUGCCAGAGUAUCCGAUCGCAGCGCUGGGCGCCAUCGAAGCUGGUCUCACUGUGACCACGAUUAAUCCCAUCUAUACGCCAGAUGAGAUCGCACGCCAGCUGACGUUCAGCAAUGCCAAGUUCCUGGUGGGCAGCGUGCAAGGCUAUGGGACGCUGCGUGAGGCAUGCCAGCUGGCUGGCAAGCCGAUGCCCAUCGCUGUGGUGCGCAGCACUGAGGGCGAGUCGCUGCCGGCGGGCGCCAUUGAUUUCUUUGAGCUGAUAAGCACGGAGAACGUGCGCUACGACGAGUUGCGCGCGCCCAAGGAUGCGAGUCCUGACGACAUGGUCUUCCUGCCCUUCUCCUCGGGCACCACCGGCCUGCCGAAGGGCGUGGUGCUGUCGCACAACAACAUCAGCAGCAACUGCGAACAGAUACAGGAUGCGCUGCCCAUUGAUUCGCUCCAGUUCCAGGACACGCUGCCCGCGGUGCUGCCCUUCUUUCACAUCUACGGCCUCACCGUGGUCAUGCUCUCGAAGCUGGGACAGGGCGCUCGAUUGGCCACGCUGCCCGCCUUCAAGCCGGACGACUUUAUCAAGGCGCUCGACACCUACAAAGGCAGCAUUCUCAACCUUGUGCCGCCCAUUGCCUUGUUCAUGAUAAAUCAUCCAAAGCUGACGAACGACUUGGCCUCAGCGCUGCGCGUCGUCAUGUCCGGUGCCGCGCCAAUUGGCCAACACGACAUCGAGCGCUUCUUGCAGAAGUUCCCCAAUACGCGUUUCAUGCAGGGCUAUGGCAUGACGGAGGCAUCGCCCGUUAUCCUGAUGACGCCCGAGGGCAAUACACGUUAUGCGUCGACAGGCUUGCUGCCAGGCAGCACGGAGGCCAAGAUCGUGCCGUUGGAAGGAAGCGAUACGAAGGGCGUGGGAGCGCGCAUCACAGGUGAGCUGUGUGUGCGUGGACCCCAGGUGAUGUCCGGCUAUUUGAACAAUGCGGAGGCCAAUGAGGUGACCUUCUUUCCGGGCAAAUGGCUGCGCACGGGCGAUGUGGCCUUCUACGAUGAGGACGGCUUCUUCUACAUAACGGAUCGCAUGAAGGAACUGAUCAAGGUUAAGGGCUUUCAAGUGCCGCCAGCUGAGCUAGAGGCCGUGCUGCGCGACCAUCCCAAGAUACUGGAGGCAUCCGUCUUUGGCAUACCCCAUGAGCUGAACGGCGAGGCGCCGCGAGCCAUCGUUGUGCUGCGCCAGAACGAGACGGCAACAGCCGAGGAAAUCGCCGCCUAUGUGGCGGAACGAGUUGCCCACUACAAGAAGCUCGAGGGUGGAGUCAUCUUUGUCGAAGAGGUGCCCAAGAGUCCGACCGGCAAAAUACUGCGUAGGGUUGUCAAAGAAAAGUAUUCGGACUGAGCCAGCCAAUCUCGCCAACUGAAGUUUUUACAUAGCUGUUAAACAUCUAACUAUUUUUAAAUGUAUUUUUUUUUUUUGUGAAUUUCGAUUACCGUUUGGUAUCUCUGUGGAUCCGAUCAAAUGUGACCCGUCAAUGUGUGGCAAGAUGCGGGCAUUGUGAGCAUUGCAUUUAGACAAGUGGCCCCCAGGGUGGCUGCGUGAAUAGCGAGUAGAACAUAGCGAGUAACGAGUAGCACGUAGUGAGUAGCGAGUAAUUAGAACCGCGAAGUGAAAAGCUAAAAGCGCGUGGCGAGUGACAAGUGGCGAGUAACGAGUAGGAAAUAGCGAGUAGUUGCUGGAGCAUUGCAAGUGCUAAGAAUGGAUAGCAACUGUAAGGCAGCGAGUGACGGGAUGGACGUAGCGAGUAACGAGUAGCAACAACCUGUGACGAGUGGCGAGUAGCGAGUAGUUGAUAGAGAGCUGCAGGUGCUGAGAAUGGAUAGCAACUACAGAGGAGCGAGUGACAGGAUUUGAGUAACGAGCAACGAGUAGGAACUACCGAGUAGCUGUUAACGAGUUUGCUUUAACGAGUAGCGAGUAGUUGCUAGAGCAUUGCAAGUGCUAAGAAUGGCUAGCGACUAUCGAGAGUAGGAACAACCGGGUAGCUGUUAACGAGUAGCGAGUAACGAGUAGCGAGUAAAUAGUCACUGGAUUGGUCCAUAGCUUGUAAGUUUCGUAGCGCUAUUUAGACUCGUAGCCUAGGCUUGUGUGUACCUAAACUGCAACAGAGUAGAUAUUGAUAACGCUGGACCUGCAUAGUAUACCAUAGUAUACACCUAUAUCAGUCCAAUCCCCAACGGACUUAGCCUAAGCCACAUUUUUUUGUUAUCUUUACUAAGUAUGUAAGCUAGUGUCUAGAUAUUGAUAUAUUUACAACCAUACGGAUGUCUACAUAUAUGUAUUUUACUUGUAUAUGAAAGCUUUGUAAUAAAGAUUUGAGUGACUAAC